AUGAGUACUCCUGAUAUUAAAACAGAAAGUGCAUCGCCUUCAGGAGAUAAAGCCAAUUCCAGGACUCCCACUUCAUGGGAUCCUGAGGAUGAUAUACUAUUGAUGCAUUUAAAAGAUAAUCAGAAGUUGGGUUGGAAAGCCAUUGCCGCCAACUUCACUAAUCGUACACCUAAUGCUUGUCAAUUCAGAUGGAGGAGAUUAAAAUCAGGAAAUUUAAAGAAUCCUCCUAAAAGUGCAGCGGCUUUAGGUUCAACAGAAUCUUUUGGUAAAGCCAAAUCUACUGAACCUCCAGUAAAGAAACAAAAGAAGUAUGCUUUCCCAAAUACUAAGGCCAAUGGACAUGUGGGGACAGGAUUUCCUUCAGCUUAUUCACCAAUUCCAAGUUCUGGAUUCUCAAAUUAUGAUAACAAUGUUACUAAUGCAUUAGCUGGUUUAAAUGCAUUAUCCAAUGACAGUUCCAAUAUCUCAAGCCCAUUACCUUAUAACCAAAAUAACCAAAUUCAACAUUCACCUGACUUAAAUGAAGAUAGAGACUCCAAUUCUAACAGUAAUGAGAAUUCUCCUUUAAUGAAUUCACCCAAGGUUCCACCUCAAACCACAAACAAUUACCAACAUUCACCUGAAGAUGAGGAUUUAAAUUUAGAUCCAAGUCAACAAGUAACUGAAGGUGGAGGUUAUUAUGCCGAGAUCCUGGUUGAUCCAACCAUGAAUUUACCUCAUAAUCAAUCUCAUCCUUUACCAUCAGGAUUGACUCCUAGAAAUUCUUCCUCGGGUUUACCAGUGCCCAAUGACUUAAAUCAUAAUAAUUCAAUCAUUCAAAUUGUUAGAGACGAAAAGAAUGACAGAAAUUCCAUUUCAAGUGCUAGAGAUAGUAUUUCAUCCUUACCUUCAAAAUCAAUGAAUAUACCACAUCAUCAAUUGGACAAAAAUGCUUUGGCUCAUUUACCUACAAUUUUCGGUGGUAAUGGUAGUGUGAGUGGACCAUCGAGGAAUUCAAGUAUUUCCCAUAAUGUUUUAUCAAGUUUAAGAAGUGCAAGUAUUGUAGGAUCAGGAUAUUUCUCAAGAUCUGGUUCAGUAAUAAUACCAUUCAAUUCUGACAAAGACAAAGAAAAGGAAUUAGGAUUCAAUCCAAAGAUCAUCAAGAAGAAUAAGCACAAAAUAAAAGACAAAAAACUAGCAAAGGAUAAAAAGAAAAAAGACGAUAAAAUAGAAUUACCUUGGACAAUGGAGGAAGAUGAACUCUUGAUAAAUCGUCGUAAUAGAGAAUUAUCAUUCGCAGAAUUAUCGAUAUUGUUACCUCAAAGAACCGAAGGGGACAUUUGGAACAGAAUUGAUUAUUUAGAAAAGUUAAGAAAUGGUGUUAGAUCUUCUGUGGCUCGUGAAAGAAGAAGACGUCAAUCUUCUAUUGGAUUAGAUGAUGUGGAAGAUUUCUAUAUGAGUGACAUAGGGGUUACUGAAGAUGAUGAUGAUGAUGAAGUCUUGGUAGAUGUUGACGAUAUACCUCAAGCUCAUAGAAGAGGUUUAAAAAGAAGAACCAGUUCAGCUGUUAACCCUUUGAGUGUUAAUAAUUAA